AUACUGGCAAAUCUUCCAGAAGAUCCUGGGCUUCGACUCCGGAUAUCAGAAUAUGAUCCAAAUAUUAGAGAUCAGGUUCGAAGAGCUUAUUUACAAAGGGAAUUGGUUCAACCUCGAACCCAUCAAUUUCCAUAUACUUCAUUUGCAAGAGUACAACGCCGUUUCAAUCCGAAAUGGUUCGAUGACUUUCCUACUUGGUUGGAGUAUAAUAUAUCCAAAAAUGCUGUUUUUUGUCGAAGUUGUUAUCUCUUCAAGCUAGAGAUUCCAGACCAAGUAGGUAAUGACAAUUUUACUAGUAAAGGUUUUCAUAAUUGGAAGAAAAAAUGUCGACUUCGAGUUCAUGUUGGAGGCCCUAAUAGUGCUCACAACCAAGCUUUACUUCAUUGUGAAGCUUUAAUGAAUCAGAAUCAACAUAUUCAAACAAUUGUUCACAAGCAGUCGGAUCAAACACGUAUUGAUUAUCGCACUCGUUUGAAUGCAUCACUUGAUUGCAUUCGCUUUUUAUUGCGACAAGGUCUUGCUUUUCGCGGUCAUGAUGAAAGUGAAGAUUCAAGCAAUAAGGGUAAUUUUCUUGAGCUUUUGAAGUUUCUCGCAGAUCAUAAUGAGGGUAUUAAAGAUGUGGUGUUUAAAAAUGCUCCUGAAAAUCUCAAGUUAACAUCACCUGAUAUUCAAAAAGAUCUUGUGUAUGCAGCAGCAUGUGAAACCACUAAUGCUAUCAUGUUUGAUAUUGGUGAUGAUGCUUUCUUUUCUGUUUUGGUUGAUGAAUCGCGUGAUAUAUCAGUCAAGGAGCAAAUGGUAGUUGUACUUCGCUAUGUGAAUACCAACGGACAAGUAGUUGAAAGAUUUGUGGGCAUAAAGCAUGUUCCUAAUACCACUGCUAUUUCACUUAAAGAGGCAAUUGAUCAAUUCUUCUCUAUAAACGGAUUAAGCAUAUCUAGAUUGCGUGGACAAGGUUAUGAUGGGGCUAGCAAUAUGCAAGGUGAGUUUAAUGGCCUUAAGACACUUAUUUUGAAAGAAAAUGAAAGUACAUUUUAUAUUCAUUGUUUUGCACAUCAACUUCAACUUGCUCUUGUAGCCGUGGCGAAAAAUCAUAUUCAAAUUGGCUCUUUUUUCUGCUUGGUUAAUAAUGUCGUUACUAUUGUCGGAGCAUCAUGUAAACGUCGAGACAUGGUUAGAGAAAGACAACAAACCAAAGUUAUGGAAGCUAUUCAAGAUUAUGAGCUUCCAAGUGGGCAAGGCUUAAACCAAGAAACUAGUCUUAAACGUGCAAGUGAUACACGUUGGGGCUCACACUAUGGUACCUUGGUAAGCUUGGUUAAUAUGUUUUCUUCUGUAAUUGAGGUGCUUGAGAUGAUUGUAGAUGAUGGUGUAAGUCUUGAUCAAAGAGGUGAAGCGGAUAUUUUGUUGAAUCUUUUGCAAUCUUUUGAUUUUGUCUCUAGUCUCUUUUUGAUGAAAGAAAUAUUGGGAAUCACAAAUGUGUUGUCACAUGCAUUGCAAAAGAAAGAUCUCGAUAUAGUGAGUGCUAUGGCUUUAGUCAAAGCAUCUCGAGGGAGGUCACGACGUAGAGUUGAAAAAUUGACAAACCUUCAUCACUACCGUGUUGAUCUCUUUAUUGAUGUUAUUGAUAAGCAACUUCAAGAGUUGAACAAUCGUUUUAAUGAGACAAGUACAGAGUUGCUUCUUUGUGUUGCAUGCUUAAGCCCAGAAGACUCAUUCUCAGGUUUUGACAUUGAAAAGUUAGUUCGACUUACUAAAUUUUAUCCAAAGGAUUUUUCUGAUAUGGAGCUCACACUUCUUGAAGAUGAACUGAAGAAUUAUAUAUUUGAUAUGCGUUUGCAUAAUGAAUUUUCUACUUUGAAAGGAAUUAAUAACCUUGCACAAAAGUUGGUGGAGACAAAGAGGGAUAGACAGUAUCCCCUGGUGUACUUGCUAGUGAAAUUAGCAUUGAUUUUACCUGUUGCGACUGCUUCAGUUGAAAGAGCUUUUUUGGUGAUGAAAAUUGUGAAGAAUCCACAUCAUAAUAGGAUGGGUGAUCAAUGGUUGAAUGAUAGUUUGGUUGUGUACAUUGAGAAAGAUGUAUAUGAUUCUAUUAGUAAUGAUGUUGUAAUACGACGUUUCCAAAAUAUGAGAACACGUCGUGGACAAUUAUGA